CUUACCUCUCAGGCUCUCUUCUCUAGCUAUCUGCAAUCACUAGAGCUUCUUCUUCUUCUUCUUCUUCUUCGUCUCAAGCUUUAGCUAACUCUUAAUUAAUUACUUUUAUCUCUUCAACAACCUAGAAAAUGGCUGCUUCUUCAGUUCUCAGAUCAGGCUUUCUUCUUUCUUCUGCUUAUAUUCAAGAUGCCCAUUCUUUCUCUAGCCAGCUGCUGCCUCAUAAACCCUCUAGUACCUCUGUCUCCAACACCAAGCGAAAGCUUCAUGGAGCUGUAGUAGCUGCCUUGGACAAUAAUGCAAGGGAUGAUAACAGUGCCCUGGUUAUAAGAGAGCAGGAACCAAAGCACAGAAGAUCGCUUAACUUCUCUGGAACUAAGCCAUCUACGCCGAUUCUUGAUACUAUAAACUAUCCAAUUCACAUGAAAAAUCUUUCAAUUCAGGACCUUGAGUUAUUGGCUGAUGAACUGCGAGAAGAGAUAGUUUAUACAGUUUCAAAGACCGGAGGGCACUUGAGUUCAAGUUUAGGAGUUGCAGAGAUAACAGUGGCACUUCACCAUGUAUUUAACACUCCUGAAGAUAAAAUCAUCUGGGAUGUUGGCCAUCAGGCCUACCCACAUAAGAUUUUAACAGGCAGGAGAUCAAGAAUGCCUACAAUUCGACAAACUUUUGGGCUUGCUGGGUUCCCCAAGAGGGAUGAAAGUGAACAUGAUGCCUUUGGAGUUGGACAUAGUUCUACCAGCAUUUCAGCUGGGCUAGGUAUGGCAGUUGGUAGAGACUUGGUGGGGAAGAACAAUCAUGUAAUUGCAGUUAUAGGUGAUGGUGCUAUGACAGCAGGACAGGCAUAUGAGGCAAUGAACAAUGCAGGAUAUCUUGAUUCAAAUCUCAUUAUAAUCUUGAAUGACAAUAAACAAGUUUCUUUGCCUACUGCUACUGUGGAUGGCCCCGCACCUCCUGUUGGUGCUCUAAGCAAAGCCUUAACUAAGCUACAAUCAAGUAGGAAGGUUCGCCAGUUGCGUGAAGCUGCUAAGGGAAUCACAAAGCAAAUUGGAGGGCAAACACAUGAGAUUGCAGCUAAAGUUGAUUCCAUUGUAAGAGGAAUGGCUGCUGGUUCUGGCGCUAGCUUAUUUGAAGAGCUAGGACUCUACUAUAUUGGUCCAGUAGAUGGCCACAGCGUGGAGGACCUUGUAACUAUAUUAAAGAAGGUCAAGUCAUUGCCAACACCAGGACCUGUUCUUAUCCAUGUAAUCACCGAGAAAGGAAAGGGCUAUAUCCCAGCUGAAAUAGCUGCUGAUAAAAUGCAUGGUGUUGUGAAAUUUGAUCCAACAUCUGGGAAACAAUUGAAGUCCAAAUCAAGUACUCGUUCCUACACUCAAUACUUUGCAGAGUCUUUGAUUGCUGAAGCAGAGAGAGAUGAUAAAAUCGUAGCCAUCCACGCUGCAAUGGGAGGAGGCACAGGGCUUAAUUUGUUUCAAAAACAAUUCCCAGAUAGAUGUUUUGAUGUUGGGAUAGCAGAACAACAUGCUGUUACCUUCGCUGCUGGUCUAGCUACCGAAGGCCUAAAACCUUUCUGUGCUAUUUACUCUUCUUUCCUCCAAAGAGGCUAUGAUCAGGUGGUACAUGAUGUUGACCUUCAAAAGCUACCAGUGAGAUUUGCAAUAGACAGGGCUGGCCUUGUUGGUGCAGACGGUCCAACCCAUUGUGGAGCCUUUGAUGUUACUUACAUGGCUUGUUUACCUAAUAUGGUGGUUAUGGCCCCUUCUGAUGAGACUGAACUGAUGCACAUGGUGGCUACUGCCGCAGCCAUUGAUGACCGCCCUAGUUGCUUUAGGUACCCUAGAGGAAAUGGCAUCGGUAACCCUCUUCCACCAAACAACAAGGGGACACCUUUAGAGAUUGGUAAAGGAAGAAUUCUAAGGCAGGGAAGCAGAGUUGCUAUUCUGGGGUAUGGAACAAUAGUACAAAAUUGCUUAGCAGCAGCUGAUCUUCUUCCAAAAUAUGGCAUCUCAGCAACAGUGGCUGACGCAAGAUUCUGCAAACCUCUUGAUGGAGAAUUGAUUAGGCAGCUAGCUCAAGAGCAUGAGAUACUCAUCACAGCUGAAGAAGGAUCCAUAGGAGGAUUUGGUUCUCAUGUUGCUCAUUUCUUGUGCUUAAACGGAUUACUAGAUGGAAAUCUUAAGUUGAGGCCUAUGGUACUUCCUGAUAGAUACAUCGACCAUGGAUCUCAAGCAGACCAGAUCGAAGAGGCAGGACUCAGUUCAAAGCACAUUGCAGCCACAGUUCUGUCAUUAAUAGGAGGGCAAAAGGAAAGUCUUCACCUGCUAGAAUUAUGAGUGAAAAACACUUCAAGUGUAAUAUCUCUACCUUCUAGCAAAUGGGUCGUCCUCUUCAUUGAUUAUUUUUGUAUAUUUUGAAUACCAAGGAGAGUGUUCUAUAUGCAAAAAUAAGUUGAGAUAUGUACUGCAAUAUUAGCAUACCUAGGCAGGAUAAAUCUUUCCCUGCAUGUAUUAAUCAAAUUCCAUUGUUUAAUUCCAACUUGAAGCAAAUUCCAAGUAA